AUGAUGCGCAUUUCGUUCCUCUCCAUGCUCCUUGCAGUCUUGAUUGUCAUGGCGUCUGCUUCCCACCACGAUGAAGCCGGUCGUGCGCUUCGCACCCCUGCUUCCCACCAGCACAAGAACAAGCAUGAGACUCGCAAACUUGAAGAAAGUGGAGACAGUGGAGACAGUGGAGACGGUGAAGGUGAAAGUGGUGAUGAUGCUGAUGAUACUGACGAUGAGGACUGCUAUGAUGCGUGCUGGGGUGACGCUACUGACGAAGACAUUGGGGCCUGGACUGAGGACCAAUGGAUUGAAUGGGAGACAUGUGCUGAUUCCGCCUGUGAUUGCGCCGAUGACGAAUGCGCAGCUGAUCCGGAUUGUGUGGAGGCUACCUGCAAUUAG